AUGGGACAUAAGGAGCAUGGAGGGACUUGGCACAUGGAAGCAGCUCAACUGGAUACGCAAAGGAAGAAGGGAGAAGCCAUCUUGAAGACCAGCUCGACCGUCUACUCGACCAACCGGUCGAGUUCCUCAACUCGACCGGCCAAGCUUCAACUCGAUCGAGCUGAGAAGUCAAAGUCAAACCCGAAAAAUCAAGCUGAUGGUGUAGUGGACACAAGCAAGAAAUUAGCUGAAAUCAACUCCAAGAUUGAAAAUCUCAACACAAGAGUUUAUUCUCUGGAGAAUCAUGCUUCUUCUGUUGCUGCUGCUACAAAGCAAGGACAACUACCUGGUAAAGCCAUUCAGAACCCCAAGGAACAGUGUAAGGUCAUCUUCACUCAAGAGGGUCUUGAUGAAGAGGAGGAUCAAGAGAGAGUAAUGGAGGAGUUUUGUAUGCUGCUGAAUGACGACGAGAUUGUUGCUGCUGAGGAUCCUGAGGUCCAGAUUGAUCAACCAGAUGUGCAAAUACCUACUGUGGCCUUGCACACUUCACCACCAGUUGAUACAUCAUCAGGCCGCCUACUCAGUCAAAGCCACAAGGAAGUGAUUCACAAGUUCAGGAGAGACCUAAGUGAGGUUGGAGUUGAGUUGCCUUCUAUGGAAAGCAUGAGUGAGGCCUUUGAGAAAAUGAAGUUAAUUCAAGAUGUUCUGACUCACAAAGACAAGAUUUCUGAGCUUCUGGAGAUGUCUACUCACCAAAUCAACCUGCUUACCUCACCUACUUUCUUACCAAAGGUGAAGGAUCAAGGGAAAUUCACUCUCCCUUGUACACUUGGGCAUAUUGAGCUUGACAAUGCCUUGGUGGAUUCUGGUGCAAGCAUCAACCUCAUCUCACUCACAAUGGCAGAAAAGAUUGGCAUUGCUGGAGCAUUGCAGUGCCCUACUACUUCAAUCAUGUUUGGAGAUGCAACUUCUAAGUCUCCUCUUGGUGUGUUCAAGAACUAUCACUUGAAAAUUGGAGAAUGCAUAAUCCAAACUGAUCUUACUGUCAUGGAGAUGGAAGAAGAGAAGGAUCUACCUCUGCUAUUGGGAACCCCAUUCCUUAGCACAGUUGGCGCUUCAAUAGACUUUCACAAACAAGAAGUGAUUCUUCACAAGGUUGUGAAGGAAAGGGUUGACAAAGAACCAAGAGUUGGGAAGGAUAAGGUUGCGAAGGACAAAGGAGUUGAUAGAGGACCAAGGAUUGAGAAACCACACCUUGAGAAGGCCAGAGUUGAGAGACCACGUUCUGAGAGACCACGAGCUAAUAGGCUAGUUCAAGCACCUUGUGUACUUGAUGAGGAAAGCCUCCAAGCUUUGUUUGAUGAGCCACUAGGAAGCGCUCAAAAAGAAGAGGAGGAUGCAGCCUCAAAGGCACUUGUGGGAGAGAAAAGAAAGAACCCAUCAGCCCAGGUUUCCUCAGCCAAGCCAUCUCAGCUCACAAUGACCUUCUUCCCCACCAAGUUUUAA